AUGGAAUUUCAUAUUCCAAGACACAUUGAACUCAAGUUUGAUGAACUUGUGGUGGCUUGUUAUGCCUUCGGAAGAGGCCUAUUAGAAGAUGAAGGGUCCACACUUUGGGAAUUCAAGGUGCUGACAAUGGUGUGCAGCUAUGUAAGUCAGAAACAGUUGAUUACGGAGAUUGUGGAGAUAUGUUUCUUGCCGCCUGAGUUUUCGGUUUACAUUCCCAUGCAGGAUGAGAAUGAUUGGUUUUUAUUGGUUGUGGAUCUCAAGUCUAAAGAAGCAAUCAUCUUACAAGCUUUGUAUUUGGACGAUCGCACAUCCAUCGGGAAGAAGCUGUCAAAACAAUGCAAUUUCCGAGCCCCCAAGCUAAUUAACUGGCUAUUCAAGAUUCGUUGCGAUGACUGCCGAUUGGAGACGAAUAGCAUCAGGUUCAGCGACCGCCGUCCAUCGGUUGGCCUGACUCCUCCCAUGACUUCACUUCUUCAGGAUCUGUUAACAAAGAUGUGGUCAUCAUCGGCGAGCGUCUACAGCAGCUUUGUAGCCGCCAUCAAGGCAGCAUAG